AAACAAAACUUAAAACGUUGUUUAUACAAAAUAAAGCCGAGGUAGGCUUGCAAGAGUAAUGAACAGGUUUUGAUGCGGUUUAUGUACAUGACACAUGGCAAAACAUGAUUGGCUACAUGAACGAUUUUAUCUAACAAGCAAGAUAGAGAUGAGAUUAGGAGACAAGGAGCAAUGUCGAUUUCUUCGUUGGGGUCUGCAAUCUCAAAGCCAACUUCUUCAUCAUCUUCAUAUACGUACUUAGGAAGCUCUUCUCGCAUCUUUGGGCUAGUUACGUCUUCUUUGUUAUGGACAAAGAGUAAAUCUCACCACACAAACACAAAGCUCAAGAAGCAAAAGCUAUGUGUUAGAAAUUCAGCUCAAGAGAUUCCAAAGACACUUGAGGAAGAUUCCAAGUUUGUACCUUUAGAUCCUCAAGAUCCUCGAUUCGGCCCUCCAGUUUUGCUGUUGCUUGGCCUUCAACUUCAUGAAGCACAAAAGAUACAAGAACUUCUCAAGGAACUCGAUGGCGAAUUCAUGGAGAUUGUGUUCUGUACAGACGAUAUGAUCAAGCGUUCGUUAUGGGAAGCAGUUACCACAAAACAGCCUGACCUGAAGAGAGUGAAAAUCGCGGAAUCACUGCCUCGGAUCUGCUUCUUAUCUGGUUUGACAGGAGAGGAGAUGAUGAUGUUCAUUGAUGCAUUCCCAGAAACUGGGCUGGAACCAGUUGUGUUUGCAGCUAUGGUUCCGAACAGUGCUGAUAAACCUAUCUUUGAGUUAACUGAAGAAAUCAUGGGAGAUCAUGAGUUACUGACCGGGAGCAGUUCCAGCUGAAAGUUUUGAGUGAGGAAGACAGCAGGACAGCUUUAAAAUUCUUCAGGUUUCUGCAACAAGACUCUUAAGACUUUGUGCAUUACCCAAAGUAUAUUGUACAACAGUGCAGUCUUCAAAUAAAAAAGUGAGCUGCACAAGAAUGCAAUCAGAAAUUAAGAACUUACACAAGUUAUAUGAGUCAAAAUGUAACUUCACUUGGACAUAUCCAGUCAUCAAACAAAUGUAAAAUGAAGACGAAACCAAAUCAAUCUCUUUUUUCUCUGAUUGGUGUUGUUUCACAAUUCACAUACCUGAAAAAAUGAUUUUACUAUACAUAAACUCAAUAAGUUGCAGAGAUACAAUGGACUGUUAAGAACUCAUAAAAAUCAAGAGCUAAAAUGCAUUGAUGAACAACAAUGUAAUCUUCAAACCAAGAACUAUAUCACUCAAGACAGAACAACCAGAGUCAUCAAACAUGAUCACAUACGAAGACGAAACCAGAAGAUUGUAAUUGUUCCUGAACUUUGAUCAAUCUCUCUCUUUCAGUAUUCACAAACCAUAAAAUGAAUCUAAGAAGCUAAUCUUCAUCAUCACUCUCAUCACUAAAGUAGCUAACUUUCUUCUCCUUUCUCUUCAUCCUCCUCUCUUCUUCUUCCUCUGCUUCUCUUUUUCUCAACCUCUCUCCAGCUUCAUUAUCCACCACCGAAGCCCAAUUCUCCUCCUCAAAUUCCUCCUCCGCCACAGCCAACGAAGGCGCCGCCGCAGACCAACUAAUUUCCUCAGCCUCACCUUCCUCCUCCUUCCGCCGCCCCCUUUUCUUCGGCGGCGGUGGUCUCUCCCUUGGACCUAACUGAUUUUUAGGGCACUCGUACGAAAGAUGCCCUUCGUCUCCACACUCGUAACACCUCGAUUUAUCCUUGUAAACUCUCUUCUUAAUAAACUCCGACGCACGUCCAUUAUCAGCGGCGAUCGAAACCGUCAGUUUCCGACCAUUAAGAAUCUUGGCGUCCAUAGAACGCGCCGCUUUAGCCGCGUCUUCACGAGAGACGUAGAGCACGAACGCGACGCCACGAGAUUGGCGAGUGUGGCGAUCUUUGAGAACAGUGACUCUCGCGACCUUGCCGAAAGUGGAGAAUAGAGUGUGGAUGUCGGAAUUGGUGAGGGAGAAAUCGAGAUUGGAGACGUAGAGUGUUGAUUUUGAAGGAGCUAAGCCGCCAGAUCCGCCGCCGGGAGCUGAUGAUUUGGCGGAGGAAGAAGGUUGGUGUUUAGGGUUCGAAGGUGGUGGUGCCGCGACGGAGGAAUAGCGAUAGUAGAAAGUGUCGUCCUCUUCGUCGUCGCUAUGAUGAAUCUUCCUCUUCUUCAUUUCCACUUAAUUUCAAUUUUUGUGUUCCAGUUUUGAAAGCUGAGCUUUCAAAGGGUAUUUGUAUUUAUAUUGGUAAAGAACAAACAAAAAAAAUUCGAUGUAAUGAAGCAAGAAAAAAUCAAAUAUUUUCUUUUUACAUUUGCAAAUAAAAAGUCUGGAAACAUACCAGACAAAUUAUC